CCGCGCGCCACCGCUCAGGCGACGACUGAUGGCGUCAUCCGUACUUCCGCCUGCGGCUGCGUUCUAGUCAUCAGCGAGGAAGGAAGAAGGGAGGUCUGAAGGGCUGUGUGCGGGGGAAAUAGCGAGGAAAGAGAAGCAAUCCGGGUGUAGCGGGCGCUACGGCAGUAACCGCGGCCCUCCUCUGUCCCCGGCGUCCCCCCAUCGGAAGUCGCCCUAGGCACACUUCCCCCGACUCUGGGUAGUCUCCCCUCCGCUUGAUCUCCCGACACCCCGGUCUCCCUCUUCGCCUCUAACCACCCCCUCCUAGCUCCCUCACGCUCCCUCCCUCUCCCUCCCUCCCAUCGUCAGGCUCCCCGCCCUUAGUAUCGCGAGACGAGGUGAGAGCUGGCGGAGCGGCGGCGGCGGCGGCAGCAGUAGAGGUGACCGAGGCGGUGGCGGCGGAGGCGGCACCAAGCGCUGUGUUGGUCCCGGUGCGGCCGAAAUCGCGGUAGAGCGUAGCCCCCACGCCCCUCCCCCGUCCGCGCCCUCCCUCUUUCCCCGGAGAUGGAGAAGGCUACGGUUCCGGUGGCGGCGGCGGCGGCGGCGGCAGCUGAGGGAGAAGGGAGCCCCCCGGCGGUGGCGGCUGUGGCGGGCCCCCCCGCGGCUGCACCGGCGGCGGAGGUCGGCAGCGGCGUUGGCGGCGGCGGCGGCAGCGGGGCUUGCUCGGCCUCGUCUCCUCGUGGGAUGGUGCGAGUCUGCGACCUGCUCCUGAAGAAGAAGCCGCUGCCGCAGCAACACCACAAGGCCAAGCGUAACCGGACUUGCCGACCCCCCAGCAGCAGCGAAAGCAGCAGCGACAGCGACAACAGCGGCGGCGGUGGAGGCGGCGGCGGAGGCGGCGGCGGCGGCGGCACCAGCAGCAACAACAGCGAGGAAGAAGAGGACGACGACGACGAGGAAGAGGAGGUUUCUGAGGUGGAGUCUUUCAUUUUGGAUCAGGAUGAUUUGGAAAAUCCAAUGCUGGAAACGGCUUCCAAGUUACUCUUGUCAGGUACUGCUGAUGGUGCAGACCUCAGGACAGUAGAUCCAGAAACACAAGCUAGACUGGAAGCUUUACUAGAAGCUGCAGGAAUAGGCAAAUUAUCUACGGCUGAUGGUAAAGCCUUUGCAGAUCCUGAAGUGCUUCGGAGGUUGACAUCAUCUGUUAGUUGUGCGUUGGAUGAAGCUGCUGCUGCACUUACCCGUAUGAGAGCUGAAAGCACAGCAAAUGCAGGGCAGUCGGACAACCGCAGUUUGGCAGAAGCCUGUUCAGAAGGGGAUGUAAAUGCUGUGCGAAAGUUACUCAUUGAAGGGCGAAGUGUAAAUGAACACACUGAGGAAGGGGAGAGCCUCCUUUGUUUAGCUUGUUCUGCUGGAUAUUAUGAGCUUGCACAGGUUUUGUUGGCAAUGCAUGCCAACGUGGAAGAUAGGGGGAUCAAAGGUGACAUUACACCUUUAAUGGCUGCUGCUAAUGGAGGACAUGUCAAAAUUGUGAAGUUGCUGCUAGCUCAUAAAGCUGAUGUCAAUGCACAGUCUUCAACAGGCAAUACAGCACUUACAUAUGCUUGUGCUGGAGGUUAUGUAGAUGUUGUAAAGGUGCUCUUGGAAUCCGGUGCUAGUAUUGAGGACCAUAAUGAAAAUGGUCAUACUCCUCUUAUGGAAGCUGGAAGUGCUGGACAUGUGGAAGUAGCCAGAUUGCUGCUAGAAAAUGGGGCUGGCAUUAAUACGCAUUCCAAUGAAUUUAAAGAGAGUGCCCUUACGUUAGCUUGUUACAAAGGACAUCUAGAGAUGGUGCGAUUUCUUUUGGAAGCAGGCGCAGAUCAAGAGCAUAAAACAGAUGAAAUGCACACUGCUUUAAUGGAGGCUUGCAUGGAUGGCCACGUUGAAGUAGCUAGGUUACUUCUUGACAGUGGUGCCCAAGUGAACAUGCCUGCUGAUUCAUUUGAAUCACCAUUGACUUUGGCUGCAUGUGGUGGGCACGUGGAACUUGCGGCUUUACUUAUUGAAAGAGGAGCUAGCCUGGAAGAGGUCAAUGAUGAAGGUUAUACACCAUUGAUGGAAGCUGCUCGUGAAGGACAUGAAGAAAUGGUGGCGUUACUUUUAGGCCAAGGAGCAAAUAUCAAUGCACAGACAGAAGAAACUCAAGAAACUGCCUUGACUUUGGCUUGCUGUGGAGGCUUUCUGGAAGUGGCAGACUUUCUAAUUAAGGCAGGAGCUGAUAUAGAACUAGGGUGUUCUACCCCUUUAAUGGAAGCUGCUCAAGAGGGUCAUUUGGAGUUAGUUAAAUACUUAUUAGCUGCAGGCUGUGUAUCUAACACUACUGCAGGAGCUAAUGUUCAUGCAACAACAGCAACAGGGGAUACAGCACUAACAUACGCCUGUGAAAAUGGUCAUACCGAUGUAGCUGAUGUCUUACUUCAGGCAGGAGCAGAUCUGGAGCAUGAAUCUGAAGGUGGAAGAACUCCUUUAAUGAAAGCUGCAAGAGCUGGUCAUGUUUGUACCGUUCAGUUCCUAAUUAGUAAAGGAGCAAAUGUGAAUAGAACCACAGCUAACAAUGACCAUACUGUACUGUCCCUGGCUUGUGCAGGGGGUCAUCUGGCAGUGGUGGAACUACUUUUGGCUCAUGGGGCAGAUCCUACUCACCGUUUAAAAGAUGGCUCGACUAUGUUGAUAGAAGCAGCAAAAGGUGGUCAUACAAGCGUUGUUUGCUAUCUUUUGGACUAUCCUAAUAACUUGCUUUCAGCCCCUCCACCAGAUGUCACUCAGUUAACGCCCCCAUCCCACGAUUUAAAUAGGGCUCCUCGUGUACCAGUUCAAGCACUGCCCAUGGUUGUCCCACCUCAGGAGCCUGACAAACCACCUGCCAAUGUUGCCACUACUCUUCCCAUCAGGAAUAAAGCUGCUUCUAAACAAAAGUCCAGCAGCCAUUUGCCAGCAAACAGCCAGGAUGUACAGGGUUACAUCACCAAUCAGUCUCCAGAGAGCAUUGUAGAAGAGGCUCAGGGAAAGUUAACAGAACUGGAACAGAGGAUAAAAGAAGCCAUAGAAAAGAAUGCACAGCUGCAGUCCUUGGAACUGGCUCAUGCUGACCAACUUACCAAGGAGAAGAUCGAGGAGCUGAACAAAACAAGGGAGGAACAAAUUCAGAAGAAACAAAAGAUUUUGGAGGAACUACAGAAAGUAGAACGAGAAUUACAACUGAAAACUCAGCAGCAGCUAAAAAAGCAGUAUCUAGAGGUUAAAGCUCAAAGAAUUCAACUUCAGCAGCAGCAGCAACAGUCUUGCCAACAUCUGGGACUGCUAACUCCUGUUGGGGUUGGAGAACAGCUUUCCGAGGGAGACUAUGCACGGUUACAGCAAGUGGAUCCCGUUUUGCUUAAAGAUGAACCCCAGCAAACUGCUGCUCAGAUGGGUUUUGCACCAGUCCAGCCUCUGGCCAUGCCUCAAGCUUUGCCUCUGGCGGCAGGUCCCUUGCCUCCAGGGUCCAUCGCAAAUCUUACAGAACUGCAAGGAGUGAUAGUUGGACAGCCAGUACUGGGCCAAGCACAGUUGGCAGGGCUGGGGCAAGGAAUUCUGACAGAAACACAACAAGGGUUAAUGGUAGCCAGCCCUGCUCAGACCCUCAAUGACACGCUGGAUGACAUCAUGGCAGCAGUCAGUGGAAGAGCAUCUGCAAUGUCAAACACUCCUACCCACAGUAUCGCUGCUUCCAUUUCCCAACCUCAGACUCCAACUCCAAGUCCUAUCAUCUCUCCUUCAGCCAUGCUUCCUAUCUACCCUGCCAUUGAUAUUGAUGCACAGACUGAGAGUAAUCAUGACACAGCGCUAACGCUUGCCUGUGCUGGUGGUCAUGAGGAACUGGUACAGACAUUGCUAGAGAGAGGAGCUAGUAUUGAGCACAGAGACAAGAAAGGUUUUACUCCGCUCAUCUUGGCUGCUACAGCUGGUCAUGUUGGUGUUGUGGAAAUAUUGCUGGACAAUGGUGCAGACAUUGAAGCCCAGUCAGAAAGAACCAAGGACACACCGCUAUCUUUGGCUUGUUCUGGGGGAAGACAGGAGGUGGUGGAGCUAUUGUUAGCUCGAGGGGCAAAUAAAGAGCACAGGAAUGUUUCUGAUUACACACCUCUAAGCCUGGCUGCUUCUGGUGGCUAUGUGAACAUUAUCAAAAUAUUACUAAAUGCAGGAGCUGAGAUUAAUUCUAGAACUGGUAGCAAAUUGGGCAUUUCUCCUCUGAUGUUAGCAGCUAUGAAUGGGCACACAGCUGCCGUUAAGCUCCUGUUAGACAUGGGCUCUGACAUAAAUGCUCAAAUAGAAACCAAUCGGAACACUGCCCUUACCUUAGCCUGCUUCCAAGGAAGAACUGAAGUGGUUAGUCUUCUGCUUGAUAGAAAAGCAAAUGUGGAACACAGAGCUAAGACUGGCCUCACACCGCUAAUGGAAGCUGCCUCUGGUGGAUAUGCAGAGGUGGGCCGAGUUCUUUUGGAUAAAGGUGCUGAUGUUAAUGCCCCUCCAGUGCCCUCCUCGAGAGAUACAGCUUUAACCAUAGCAGCAGAUAAAGGGCAUUAUAAAUUCUGUGAGCUUCUCAUUGGCAGGGGUGCUCACAUUGAUGUACGUAACAAGAAGGGGAACACUCCAUUGUGGCUGGCAGCAAAUGGUGGACACCUUGAUGUGGUUCAGUUACUGGUGCAAGCAGGUGCAGAUGUGGAUGCAGCUGAUAACCGCAAGAUAACUCCUCUUAUGGCAGCAUUUAGAAAGGGUCAUGUGAAGGUGGUGCGCUACUUAGUCAAAGAAGUCAAUCAGUUUCCAUCAGAUUCUGAAUGUAUGAGAUACAUAGCAACGAUCACUGAUAAGGAGAUGCUGAAGAAGUGCCACCUUUGUAUGGAGUCGAUAGUACAAGCCAAAGAUAGACAGGCUGCUGAAGCAAACAAAAAUGCCAGCAUUUUAUUAGAGGAGUUAGACUUGGAAAAGUUAAGGGAAGAAAGCCGGAGGCUGGCUUUGGCUGCAAAAAGAGAAAAGAGAAAGGAGAAGAGAAGAAAGAAAAAAGAAGAACAAAGAAGAAAACUAGAAGAGAUUGAAGCCAAAAAUAAAGAAAACUUUGAACUCCAAGCUGCUCAAGAAAAAGAAAAGCAUAAAGUUGAAGAUGAACCUGAAGUCUUGACAGAGCCUCCAAGUGCCACAACCACUACUACCAUAGGUAUAUCUGCAACCUGGACCACUUUGGCAGGUUCCCAUGGUAAAAGAAACAAUACCAUAACUACAACCAGUUCAAAGAGGAAAAACAGGAAAAAUAAAAUUACUCCAGAAAAUGUUCAAAUUAUAUUUGAUGAUCCACUACCAAUCUCAUACAGUCAGCCAGAGAAGGUGAAUGGAGAGUCCAAGAGCAGCAGUACCAGCGAGAGUGGAGACAGUGAUAACAUGAGAAUUUCCAGUUGCAGUGAUGAAAGUAGUAACAGCAACAGCAGCCGAAAGAGUGACAAUCAUUCACCUGCUAUGGUCACCACCACUGUGACCAGCAAGAAGCAGCCAUCAGUUCUGGUUACCUUUCCAAAGGAGGAGAGAAAAUCUGUUUCUGGCAAGGCUUCAAUAAAAUUGUCAGAGACUAUCAGUGAAGUGACCAGUAAUUCUCUUUCCACUUGCACAAAAUCUGGUCCAUCUCCCCUUUCCUCUCCAAAUGGGAAAUUAACAGUAGCAAGUCCUAAGCGUGGACAAAAGAGGGAAGAAGGAUGGAAAGAAGUUGUAAGAAGGUCAAAGAAAGUGUCUGUUCCAUCAACUGUGAUAUCCAGAGUGAUUGGAAGAGGAGGCUGUAACAUUAAUGCUAUUCGGGAGUUCACUGGUGCACACAUAGAUAUUGAUAAGCAGAAAGACAAGACAGGAGACCGGAUAAUAACUAUAAGGGGUGGCACUGAAUCAACAAGACAAGCAACUCAGUUGAUCAAUGCUCUGAUCAAGGAUCCAGACAAAGAAAUUGAUGAACUUAUUCCAAAGAAUCGUUUGAAAAGCUCCUCAGCAAAUUCCAAAAUUGGGUCAUCAGCACCUACCACCACUGCUGCUAACAGUUCCUUAAUGGGAAUUAAAAUGACGACUGUAGCUCUGUCAUCAACAUCUCAAACUGCCACAGCACUCACUGUGCCUGCAAUUUCUUCUGCAUCUACUCACAAAACCAUUAAGAACCCAGUGAAUAAUGUGAGGCCUGGUUUUCCAGUUUCUCUUCCAUUAGCAUAUCCUCCUCCACAGUUUGCACAUGCUUUGCUUGCUGCUCAGACUUUCCAGCAGAUCCGUCCACCAAGGUUGCCCAUGACACACUUUGGAGGUACUUUUCCACCAGCUCAAUCCACUUGGGGUCCUUUUCCUGUCAGGCCUUUGAGCCCUGCCAGAGCUACUAACUCGCCUAAGCCUCACAUGGUGCCUCGCCAUAGCAAUCAGAAUAGCAGUGGUUCUCAGGUGAAUUCAGCAGGUUCUUUAACUUCAAGUCCAACAACUACAACCAGUUCAUCAGCUUCAACGGUGCCUGGUACAUCUACAAAUGGCAGUCCAAGUUCACCUUCUGUUAGAAGGCAGCUUUUCGUCACAGUUGUGAAGACAUCCAAUGCCACCACAACAACAGUCACAACCACAGCAAGUAACAACAGCACUGCACCCACAAAUGCCACAUAUCCUAUGCCUACUGCCAAAGAACACUACCCAGUAUCAUCCCCAUCUUCCCCAUCACCACCAGCCCAGCCAGGAGGGGUUUCUAGAAACAGCCCUUUGGAUUGUGGAACAGCAUCUCCAAAUAAAGGGGCAUCUUCCUCUGAACAGGAAGCAGGUAGUCCACCAGUAGUAGAAACAACAAACAGUAGACCUCCAAACAGCAGCAGUUCUUCUGGGAGUUCAUCAGUUCAUUCUACUCAGCAGCAACCUCCGGGAUCUGUUUCUCAGGAGCCAAGACCACCUCUUCAGCAGUCUCAGGUUCCUCCCCCGGAAGUUAGAAUGACUGUUCCUCCUUUAGUAACAACAAGUUCUGCUCCAGUGGCGGUGCCUUCUACUGCCCCAGUGACUUACCCUAUGCCUCAGACACAAAUGGGAUGCUCCCAGCCUCCGCCUAAAAUGGAACCCCCUGCUAUUAGACCACCCUCUCAUGGCACAGCUGCCCCUCACAAGAAUCCAGCUCCUGUGCAAAAUUCAUCUGUUGCAGUCCUCAGUGUCAAUCACAUUAAAAGACCUCACAGUGUUCCCUCUUCUGUCCAGCUACCUUCGACCUUAAGUACACAAAGUGCUUGUCAAAAUUCAAUACAUCCAGCAAAUAAGCCUAUUGCUCCCAAUUUCAGUGCCCCCUUACCAUUUGGGCCCUUUAGCACAUUGUUUGAAAAUAGCCCUACUUCUGCUCAUGCCUUCUGGGGAGGAUCUGUUGUUUCAUCUCAGUCAACACCAGAAUCUAUGCUAUCAGGAAAAUCCUCAUAUUUGCCAAAUUCAGAUCCUUUACAUCAGUCUGAUACUUCCAAAGCUCCAGGUUUUAGACCACCAUUACAGAGACCUGCUCCAAGUCCCUCAGUGUCCAGGAUACCAAGUUGCAUUUUGAGCUUUGUGGUUUUGUUGGUUUUUUUGGUUUUUUUUUUGCGGUACGCGGGCCUCUCACUGUUGUGGCCUCUCCCGUUGCGGAGCACAGGCUCCGGACACGCAGGCUCAGCGGCCAUGGCUCACAGGCCCAGCCGCUCCGCGGCAUGUGGGAUCUUCCUGGACUGGGGCACGAACCCGUGUCCCCUGCAUCGGUAGGCGGACUCUCAACCACUGCGCCACCAGGGAAGCCCAAGCUUUGUGUUUUAAUGUGAAUAUUUCAAAUAAUUAAAGAUAAUUUCAUUGAGUUAUUUGUAGUGAGGUGGAUGGACCUAGAGUCUGUCCUACAGAGUGAAGAAAUUAGAAAGAGAAAAACAAAUACUGUAUGCUAAAAACAAAUACUGUAUGCACGUAUAUAUAGAAUUGGGAAAAAAAUGUGGUUCUGUAGAACCUAGGGGCAGGACAGGAAUAGAGACGUAGAUGUAGAGAAUGGACUUGAGGACACGGGGCGGGGGAAGGGUAAGCUAGGACUAAGUGAGAGAGUGGCAUGGACAUAUAUACACUACCAAAUGUAAAAUAGAUAGUGGGAAGCAGCCGCAUAGCACAGGGAGAUCAGCUCGGUGCUUUGUGACCACCUAGAGGGGUGGGAUAGGGAGGGUGGGAGGGAGAUGCAAGAGGAAAGAGAUAUGGGGAAAUAUGUAUAUGUAUAGCUGAUUCACUUGUUAUAAAGCAGAAACUAACACACCAUUGUAAAGCAGUUAUACUCCGAUAAAGAUGUUAAGAAAAAGUCUACCAUUAAAGCAGUAAUAAAAUAAAAAUAAAGAUAAUUUCAUGCUAGAGAUAGACAAACUAUGGUCCAUGUGCCAAGUAUGGCAUACUACCUGAUUUUACAUUUGUGGGUUUUUUUAAUUGAGUUAUAACAAUUAUGUAAUAUUUUAAAAAAUUUUUUUUAAUUUUUAAGAAGAAUAAUAUGUGACACAAAAAAUAGUACAUUCGGAACUUCCCUGGUUGUCUCGUGGUUAAGAAUCCGCCUUCCAGUGCAGGGAAUGUGGGUUCAGUCCCUGGUCGGGGAACUAAGAUCCCACAUGCCACGGGGCAACUAAGUCCUGGUGCUGCAGCUAGAGAGCCCACGCACUCUGGAGCCCGUGCGCCACAACUACAGAGAAGCCCACGUGCCACAGCUAAGACUCGAUGCAGCCAAAAAUAAAUAAAUAAAUAAAUCUUAAAAAAUAAAAUAGUGCAUUCAAAUUUCAGUGUUCAUAAAUAAAAGUUUUAUUGAAAUACAUCUAUGCCCAUUCAUUUACAUAUUGUGUUAUGGCUGCUUCCAUGCUCUGCUGACAGCCUAAAAAUAUUUAUUAUUUAGCCCUUUACAGAAAGGUUGCCAACUUGUUAUGUGUUAUUGAAGAGAUGACAUUCUGGGACUAAAAAUUUCUAAAUAGAAUGGAAACUGAUUGUUAUUUUUACCUAUUUGUAUAACACAUAAAUAUAAUGUAAAGAACAUGGUCAGUAAAUAUUUCCUUGCUGGGGGUUGAUUGAAAUAUUUUCAUGUACUUUCAAAAACACUUUCUCUUAAUACUAAAUAGAAUCAAUAUAAUUUGGUUGUAAAAGCUUCAUAUGCUAAUUAGUACAUUGGAAAUGCUUUUACUUUUUUCAUUUUUUUAUUUUUAAAAAAGUUUUAUUGGAGUGUGGUUGAUUUACAGUGUUAUGUUAGUUUCAGGUUACAGCAAAGUGAAUCAGUUAUACAUAUAUCCACUCUUUUUUGGAUUCUUUUCCCAUAUAGGCCAUAACAGAGCAUUGAAUAGAGUUCCCUGUGCUAUAUAGUAGGUUCUUAUUAGUUAUCUAUUUUAUGUCUAAUAGUGUGUAUAUGUCAAUUCCAAUCUCCCAAUUUGUCCCUCCCUGCCCCUUACCCCCUGGUAACUGUAAGUUUGUUCUCUACAUCUGUAACUCUAUUUCUGUUUCAUAGAUAAGUUCAUUUGUACUCUUUUUUUUAGAUUCCACAUAUAAGCAGUAUAUGAUAUUUGUCUUUCUCUGUCUGACUUCACUCAGUAUGACAAUCUCUAGGUUCAUUGAUGUUGCUGCAAAUGGCAUUAUUUCGUUCUUUUUUAUGGCUGGGUAAUAUUCCAUUGUAUAUAUGUACCACAUCUUUGCCCAUUCCUCCAUUGAUGGACAUUUAGGUUGCUUCCAUAUCCUGGCUGUUGUAAACAGUGCUGCAGUGAACAUUGGGGUGUGUGUAUCUUUUCAAAUUACGGUUUUCUCUGGAUAUAUGCCCAGGAGUGGGAUUGCUGAAUCAUAUGGUAGCUCUGCUUUUAGUUUUUUAAGGAACCUCCAUACUGUUCUCCGUAGUGGCUGUACCAAUUUACAUUCCCACCAACAGCAUAGGCCAGUUCCAUUUUCUCCACACCCUCUCCAGCAUUUAUUGUUCGUAGAUUUUUUGAUGAUGACCAUUCUGACCGGUAUGAGGUGAUACCACAUUGUAGUUUUGAUUUACAUUUCUCUAAUAAUUAGUGAUGUUGAGCAUUUUUCAUGUGAUUUUAGCCAUCUGUAUGUCUUCUUUGAAGAAAUGUCUAUUUAGAUCUUCUGCCCAUUUUUCGAUUGGGUUGUUUGUUUUUUUUGAUAUUGAGCUGCAUGAGCUGUUUGUAUAUUUUGGGGAUUAAUUGGAAAUGCUUUUAUAUUUCAUUUUUGUAGAGUUGGAAUUUAGUGAAAAUACUUCACUUUUCAAAAAAUGUGAAAUCUAGGUAAUGUGUUAAGAAAGACUAAAAUUAAGAUUUAGAGAAAAAUAAAUUCUUGUUUUGUGGAAAAGUAUAGAAAAAAGCCGUGCUAUAUCGGGAGGUAAGGUUUUGGGGUGUACAGUUGAUUGGAGCCAAAAUUAGCAAUGAAGUUUAACUUAAGAGUCUAUCAGAGGGAAGUAUUAGAUUCAGGUCAACAUAGGCAUGUUUGCCUUUACAGCUAUACCACUAUUUCUACACCCUAGAAAUUAACAUUAAUUCAGUAAUAGCACCCAAUAUGUAGUACCAUCAUCCCAAAUAUACCCUUUAUGCCUGUAUGUUUCUUUUUUUUCUCCUUUUGAUCCAACCAAUCAAGAUUCACACAUUGCUUUUGGCUAUUAUGUCUCUUUGAUCUCCCACAGUCUAAAACAUCUCACCACCUUCUUUUGUUCUUCUUGACAUUGAAUCCUUUGAAGAGUCCAGUUGUACUGAAGAAUGUCCUGCAUUUCAGAUUCACCUGUUUUCUCAAUCUGUGGUUACAUUCUGGUUAAACAUUUCUAGCAGGAACAUCAGAUAGGUAAUGUUUGAAUCUCACACUGCAUUGUAUCAGGAGGCACUCAGUGACAGAUUGUCCUUCUCUUAUCUAUGGAAAGCAUGGCCACUUAGUUAAGAUGCUGAUUGUCAGAUCUCUCUAUUAUAAAAGUAUAGCUACAGGGGCUUCCCUGGUGGCACAGUGGUUGAGAGCCCACCUGCCGAUGCAGGGGACACGGGUUCGUGCCCCGGUCCGGGAAGAUCCCACAUGCCGCGGAGCGGCUGGGCCUGUGAGCCAUGGCCACUGAGCCUGCACGUCCAGAGCCUGUGCUCCGCAACAGGAGAGGCCACAACAGUGA